UCCGCUCACUAGAGGGCGUCGUCAUUUCCGGCGGCUGCCGGUCAGUCCCGGAAACACGUCACUCUGCCGUGAAAACAUCUGCUCCACGUGAAGGAGAGCUCCCACGUCCCGGUCCGGUUCUGUAGCUUCAGCACCGACAUGGAGGACGUCAACCCGCUGCCGGAGGGACGAAAGGCGGCCAAGAAAAGAGUUCGGUCCGACCCGGCAGGAGAGGAACGGAACCGGCGCAAGAACGCCAGGAAGCUGGCGGUUUUGGGCGCGGAGGACGAGGCGGUUCAGCGGCUCGAGGCGCAGGUGUUCGGGACCGAGCACGAGCUGCUCGACAGGCUCGCGCAGGGGGAGGAGCUUGGAGCCAGCCUCCUCGAGGCUGAGCCUGAAGGGGAGUCUGAGAGCGAGGGGGAGGAGCCAAGGCGGCCCAGGGCGCCAGCGUGGGUGGAUGAGGAUGACGAGCGCGUGGAGGAGGUGGACAUGACCCAUCGCUACCGCAGGAGCCUGGUCCGAGGGGGGGCGGAGUCUAGCAUGACCACGGAGCGGUUGCAGCGGCGGAUGAGGGAGGAGUUCCAGAAGUCCAUGGGGGGAACGCCGUUGUGGGCGGAGCCCGGCCGCCGGAGGAAGACAGCCCCUGAGGAGGAGGAGGAGGAGGAGGACCUGCUGAGGAAGACUGGGAACCUGUUGGCGUCCUCAGACAGCCUCCCCAGCGGCGUCCUGAAGAUGAAGAAGUGUCUCCACGCCAACAGUGCCCGCCCCUCAGAGAACCGGCUGACCGCCGUUCAGUUCCAUCCCUCCGCCCAGGUCGUCAUGACAGCCGGCCUGGACCAGUCCAUCUCACUCUUCCAGGUGGAUGGAAAGAGUAACCCAAAGAUCCAGAGCAUCCACCUGGAGCGCUUCCCGGUGCACAGAGCCGCCUUCAGCUCGGACGGCGAGUCUGUGAUCGCCACCAGCCUGAGGAACCGCAUGUUCUACGUGUACGACAUGAUGGAGGGCCGCGUCUCGCCAGUGCACAGCGUCAGAGGUCUGAACGAGUCCAGAGUGAAGGAGUUCUCUGUAUGUCCUGACGGGGGCGCUCUGCUGCUAACCGGGACCGGCGGAUACCUGCACCUGCUGACGCUCAAGACGAUGGAGGUGGUCCGCAGCAUGAAGAUCAACGGGAACGUCAGCGGCGUGGCCUUCUCUGGUGACGGCAGCAGAUUCUUCACAAACUCGGAGGAUGGCGAGGUGUACGUGUGGGACGUGCGCAGCAGCAGGUGCAUCAACCGGUUUGCUGAUGACGGCUGCGUGAGGGGGACGUCCAUCGCCGCCUCUGCAGACGGACGCUUCCUGGCCUGCGGGUCUCAGUCAGGAGUGGUCAACAUCUACUCCCAGGAGGCGUGUCUUAGUUCAGCCAAUCCCAAGCCUCUGAAGGCGGUGAUGAACCUGCUGACCGCCGCCACCUCCCUCGCCUUCAACCCCACCUCAGAGAUCUUGGCGAUCGCCUCGCGGGAAGAGGACGACGCCGUCCGGCUGGUGCACCUCCGCAGCAUGUCGGUGUUUUCCAACUUCCCCGUGGCAAACAGGAAGUUGCUGCACCGAGCCGCCUGCCUGCACUUCUCCCCUCACAGCGGCUUCUUCUCAUUGGCUAACAACAAAGGCCACGCCCCCCUCUUCAGGUUGCUGCAUUACAAAGACUUCUAAGGGCCAUGCAGGGGGUGGAGCCUCUGCUGUGAGCGUCGGGGGAGGGGCUUCAGCGUGAGGAUCAGCUGACCUUCAUAGGAAUCGACGUGUUGGUUUGCUUCUGUUGUCGUGUCAGCAGUUAAUAAAGUUUUGACCAAAUAAACAUCCUUCUGGGGG